CAAUAAUAAGGCGUUUAGUGAGCCAAAAUCUAUCCUCUGGCAUGCUUUCGGGUAGCCCCCAUUAUAAUUUUUGGAAAAAACAGGCCCCCAAACAAAUAUGACGUUUCAUGCGCUUUACCACCAACUCAACCACACCAAAAUCACCAAACAGAAAAGUUUUGUGAACCAUGUGCCCCAUUUUGUCUCACCACAAACAUAAAAAUUAUCACUGUUUAGCACUUUUACAAUAAUCGAGGCUAAUAAUUUAAAUGAUUUCUUUUUUUAUUUAUUUAAAUCAAUUGAACAUCACUUCACUUCACUACCAACCUCCAAAAGAAAGUCCCCAAAUUCGAAAAAUGGGCAUCAAAGAUCUGUGGACAAUUUUAGCUCCUUUUGGGGAGCGUAAGCCCCUUUACGAACUUCAAGGCAAGACUGUUGCAGUUGAUUUAUCGUGUUGGGUGUGUGAGUCGCAAAAUGUGGCCGAAUACGCGGUCCAACCCCGGAUGUAUUUGAGGAAUUUAUACUUCCGGGCUUGUUAUUUGUUACUAAUGGACGUAAAUGUAGUUUUUGUGCUUGAAGGCCACGCCCCUGAGCUCAAAUACAAGACAAUAGCCGCUCGCAAUGCCUUGCAAUUCAAAGGGGCCAAACCCAAAACUGAGGUCAAGACCAAAGACAGGUCGAGGUUUAAUUUCACGUUGAAACGGUGCGAGGAGAUGUUGAAUUUGUUGGGGAUUGCGUGUGUGAAAGGAGAGGGCGAAGCGGAGGCCUUGUGUGCACAUUUGAAUGAAGCUGGGCUCAUUGACGGGAUAAUUAGCCAAGAUUCGGACUGUUUUGCAUAUGGGGCACGUGUCGUUUACCGCAAUUUUUCCAUCUCGCAACAAGGUAAUCAGGCUGCUAAAGGGGGCUCUGUUGACGUCUAUGACAUAAGUGUGGCAAAUGAAAGGCUGAAUUUCGGCAGGAACAAAAUUAUUGCCUUGGCGCUACUUUGUGGAAGUGAUUAUUGUGAUGGAGUCCACGGAAUUGGCAAAGACUCGGUUAUGAAAUUGUUUAAUUCGGUGAAUGAUGACGAGAUUUUGCCACGGUUGAGGUCGUGGCGCCAAAACCCGAUUUAUGAAGAGUUAGAGGCGAAAAUUUCCGAUAAAAAUCGGUGUACGUCUUGUGGGCAUUUUGGCAAACUCCAAGCGCAUGUAAAAAAGGGCUGUAUUGUGUGCAAGACAAAUCAAGGUUGCGAUUCUGGUUUUAAAAAUGAAAGACUUGAAAUCAAAAAUGAGUUAAAUAUGAGGAGCAAAGCCUUGAUUGAUCCCAAUUUCCCAGAUGAGAAUUUAAUUAAUGAGUUUCUGAGUGAGAAAAGCAAAAUUUCUAAACUAAACUUGAAGUGGCGUAGGCCAGAUUUGGUCAACUUCAUUAAAUUUACAGUCAAAUACCUGACUUGGGAGGAGAUUUACAGUUUUGAAAAAUUUUUCCCCAUUUUGACCAGGUGGCAGUUGUUACAUUUUGACGAAAUCAGUGACAAGACAGGAGGAGUUGUUUCACCAAAAUUUAUCAAAAAACGAAGGACCCUCAAAGGAAUCCUCAGUUACGAAAUAGUCUGGGAAGAUAAAUUAAAUCACUUUAGUGACUUGAUCCCUGAGGAACAGUUGGAACAAUUCGGGGAUUUGGAAAAGUUGUGGUCUACUGUGGAGCCCCAAAAUCUAGUAGAAAAAGCCUUCCCGUACUUGGUGCGUGAAUUUGAAGUGAAGAAACCUAAAUCAAGGAAAAAGAAGAAAUCUGCAAUUGAUGAAAUUGAUGACUUGUUGCAAAACAUUUCAAUCACGACACAAUCACCAGUGAAGAAGAAAACGAAAAAUAAUCACAUCCACACGUUAGAUGCCUUCUUGUGCAAGGCUUCAACUCCGAAAAAGGUGGCCCCAGAUGUGUCUUUUGACCUCAACCAGUCGAAUUUUGGCGAUGAGGAUGACUUACAAGUGUCUGAAAUCGUAGACGACAUAAUUAGAAGGGAUUUGCCCACUUAUGUGCCACAAAAUUUGGAAAAACUUGGACUGAAGUUGAAUGAAAAUGUUGAUUGUAGCUUUUUUGUGAGUGAGAUGAUUGAAAACGAUUUAUUUGAAAAGACGUUCAAGGAUUAUUUUAAUAGCGAUACUGACUCAAAUACUGUUGAUUAAUAAACAUUUUCUAGACA